AUGUUCUCAAAGAAAAAGAGGCUAGGGAAGCUGAAGAACAUCAGAACAAAGGACCUGACUCAAACCCUAGCCCGUACCGGUUCAAUCUGUGAAGAGAGAAUUUGGUUGAAGAAAAAAGGCAUGGGGAACAGAUGGUGGACAGGAAAUAUGGUGAUGAACCCAAUUUUAUCAGCAUCAUCAUCAGCUCCAUUUCUUCACCUUGGAAGCACUGCAGAGGAUAAAAAUGCUGUCUUGAAUCCCCUUGGACUGCCUAGAAGAGAGCAAGUAUUUAUGGAUACAACCACCAUCAAUCCAUCAAAUAGCAUUGGAAGCAAUGUCAAUCCAAAUCUGAACCAAAAUUUUGAAGAUGGAGAGAGUCAAAAAAAUGUACACGAAGUUGAAGACGAGAAGCCGCCAGGAGAUCCCGAGAUUUUAAAGCCCGCUAUCUCCGGAUGUCGGCCAAGAGGCAGACCACCUGGCUCGAAAAACAAGCCCAAGUCUCCAAUUGUGAUAACAAAAGAAAGUCCUAAUGCUCUACAUAGCCAUGUGUUGGAAAUCAGUAGUGGCAGUGACAUUGCAGAAAGCAUUGCCACCUAUGCACAGCGGCGUCACUGCGGUGUUUCAGUUUUGAGUGGCAAUGGAGUUGUAACCAAUGUGACCUUACGUCAACCAGCUGCACCGGGAGGGGUGAUAGCCCUCCCUGGGAAAUUUGAGAUACUAUCAUUAUCGGGUGCGUUCUUGCCAACACCAUCGCUUUCAGCAGCCACUGGACUUGCUGUGUACUUGGCUGGUAGUCAGGGGCAAGUACUGGGUGGCACCGUGGUGGGUGCAUUGGAGGCAUCAGGACCAGUAAUGGUGGUUGCUGCCACAUUUACCAAUGCAACAUAUGAAAGGUUGCCUUUAGAAGAGGAGCAGGCUAGUGAAGAAAUCCAAGUACAACCCGAAUCAAGAGUGAACACAGGAAACAGUGGUGCUUCGGGGUCCCAAUCUCAUUGUUUGCCGACUGAUGCCCCGUCUCCUUUUGUAGGUUUAUAUAAUCUACCACCGGAUUUGUUGCCCAUCAAUGGUCAAAUGCCGCACAAUGGCUUUUGGACGGCUCCUCCACGGCCUCCACCUUCUUAUUGA